AUGGACUCGGACCCCCUCGCCAUCUUCACUCGUCCUCCGCCCGACGAAACUCCCUCACAACUCACCGCUCGCCUGAAACGAGAAGCCGAUGCCCAGAGAAUCAGCGACAACAUUGACGAGGAGAUAAAACGCGACCGUGCUGCACAACGCAAGGCGCGUAAAGAACUCCGAAUACUACUCCUUGGUCAGGGAGAGAGUGGGAAGUCCACAACACUGAAGAACUUCCGCAUGCAGUAUGCCCGGGAAACUUGGGAGCAGGAGCGCAAUGGCUGGCGCUCAGUUGUGCAGCUCAACGUGAUACGAUCCGUUAUCCAUAUUCUAGAGGUCAUAGAAGCCGAAAUGAGUGGGACUGGCCCACCCCUCGAAGAUGACGACUCCUCUCGUCGGUUCUCCGAUUCUUCAACCACGCCUGACGCUUUGACCGACAAGCAUAGACUGCUAAUGAUUCGACUCGCUCCUCUCCGCGGGGUGGAGGCUGCACUCAAACGGCGGCUCGGAGCAGGCGCAGAGCCUUAUAGACCCUCUCUUCCGCUGGCAGCUACACCAUUCGAAGACCCAGCGCCAUUACCAUCCCCCAAACAACGAACCGAGUUUUUUGUUCGGAGUUGGAGCGACGCAAUUGACGGCGGCCACAAUAACGACCCGGAAAUUCAAGCUGACGCAGACUCAUCAACGAUCACACUCAUGAGGUGUAAAGACGAUAUGCAUGCUUUAUGGACCGACCCUGCUGUCCAGCGUGCUCUCGAACGAAGGAAACUUCGUCUUGCGGAUACCGCAGGCUUCUUUCUCAAUGACCUUGACCGCAUUGCGACUCGGUCUUACACGGCAACUGACGACGAUAUUGUCCGCGCUCGUUUACGCACAGUUGGCAUCCAAGAAUACCUAUUGCGAAUUAAUGACGGCUUCUCUCUGCGUGGCGAUAACGCAUGGAUAUGGAGACUUUACGAUGUUGGAGGUUGCAGAACUAUGAGGGCGGCAUGGUUGCCCUUUUUCGAAAACACUGAUGUCAUAAUAUUUCUCUGUCCUGUCUCUUGCUUCGAUGAACGCCUGGACGAAGAUCAACGUGUAAACCGCCUAGAAGACUCGACGAUAUUAUGGCGCUCGAUAUGCUCCUCCAAACUGCUCACCAGAACGCAGCUUAUCCUUUUCCUGAACAAAUGCGACCUGCUGAAACGCAAGUUGAAACGAGGAAUCAAGCUAAAGACAUACCUGCCGAGCUACGGUGACCGGCCAAACGAGGUUAUGCCAAUCGUCAAAUAUCUCCGGGAGAAAUAUAAGGAGAUCCAGAAGCAACAUUCGCCGGAGCCACGGGUGUCGUACAUCUAUACCACCACUGUGACGGACACGACGGCGACAGCAAAGACGCUCCAUUCCAUUCGGGAUCGCGUCCUGCGCGAGAAUCUCGUGACAUCCAACCUUGUAUAA